CAAAACAAAAACCAAACGCAACCCUGAAUUUUAGUACGCAACUCAAAUGGCGCAAGUUUUCAUGCGCACUGAAUUCCCGUUUUCCCUGGUCGAUCGCGGUUUUUCACUUAGUUUUCCAGCUGAUCGCGCAUUCCACAGCCGUGUCGCCCUGCCGUACUGUGUGUCAUGUUCGAAACUGUUGAAGCGUAGUGAAUUUGGCCGCGUUUGUGAUCUUGUGUAGUUUACCAGUUUAGAUAGUGCAAGUGAAAAUGUUUUCAGGACUCACGAAUCAGGUCAGCUCGUGGAUGGGAGCCGCGAAGGGCGAGCCUCAAGAUGAGGAAGUGCCCACUCCCACCAAGGAGGCCGGGGAGCCUUCCGUCGAAGGCGAAAAACAAAGCCCAACAAAAGGGGCAAGCAAGUUGGAGCUGCUGAACAACGCAAAGUCACAGAUCACUGGCUGGCUGGGCUCCGGGAUCCCCAUUCCAGGGCUGAGGAAAAACGAGGCCGCCCCUGCAGAUGCUGCUGAAGCCGCCCCCGCCGAGCCGGCCGAGCCAACUGAGCCCAAGCCCGAGCCGAAGGAUGAUGAUGAUAACUCUAGGUACACUAGCGCGACGGGCGGCGCGGACAGCCGGCCGGGCUCCACGGGCGGCACGCCCACGGACGAGCAGCCCGCCGCCGUCGGAGGGAACGCCGCUCGCAGUAAAAAGAUGUUCGGAGUCGAUGCUAGCGAUGUGCCAGACAUGCAAGAGCUGACCACUAAGGCCGUGGCUGGGGCCAAGUCUCUGGGCAACUUCCUGUACUCGGCCGUCAACAAGGCCGGGGCGAAGGUCAGCGAGGCCAGCGCCAAGAUCAAGGAGACCGUCGAGAAGAACAGCAUCCUGGGCGAGUUCAACCGCGAGCAGGACGCGUUCAUCAAGGGGCAGGAGGGGCGCGCGGGGGACGCCACCGCGCCCUGGGUCGGAGCCCCCAACGAGGCGGCGCUGAAGGAGGAGUGCCUGUCGCUGUCUACUGACCGGCGGAACUUCGUGCGCGCGCCGCCAGCUGGUGUCGAGUUCGACUUCGACUACGACAAGAUGUACCCCACGGCCGUCGCCAUCAUGGCCGAGGACCCCAACCUGGAGAAGAUGCGCUUCGAUCUCGUGCCCAAAGUCAUCACAGAGGAGAACUUCUGGCGGAACUAUUUCUACCGCCUGUCUCUCAUCUGCCAGGCCAACGAGGCGGACGCCGCCGCCGCGCGCCAGCCGAGCACCGACGAACAGGAUCCAGAGUCACGUUUGACAGGGGAUAAAUUGGCAAGCGAAACGCUCAUAGGCAAAGAGAAAGCUUCGCAAGAAUCAAUAGAUGAUGUCAAGAAAAGGAUUAAGUCCUUAAAAGUCGAUGGAGACAACGAUGAUGCCUAAGCGACACGAUUGGACAUUGGAAGGCAACUGCAAUCACUUAAUAUUAUUAAACUAUAACACCAUUACACGAUUUUGCCCACUAUUCAUUAAGGUUUACAUUCAUUUAAUGAAAACAAUAAAAUAUAAUAAAGUUGAUUACCAUAAGGUGGAUAGUGCACAAAAUCGAAAAUAUUCACUAGUUGAUAUUAACGAAGCUUAUGUAUGGAAGUGGAAAUAUAUUUUGCAAAGUUAGGAUCCUAUUCAUGGAAUAAAAUAUAUCAAAUGUUCCUUGUAAAAAUGCCACUCUGGAUGUAGUUAGUGGUUACUUUCAGAUCCCUAGGAGAGAAUUAACGCACAUAUAAGUGUUUUUUAUUAAAAUUAAAUAGUUUAACUGAAAUUAAAAAUUAUAAAGUCUUAACAUUAUAUCAAAGGCCUAGCCACAAAAUAGUUUAAAUGCCACUAAGAGGACGAUAACUUACAUACAUCGAUGAUGUUUUAAUGUUUUCAACUGGCAUUAUUACAUGGAACUAUGUCACCACUGUUAAUCCCUUCACAUAUUUUAUGUAUAAUUUGUAAAACUCUAUCAAUGUUUGCAAAGUGUUUUUUUAAACGUUUAUAAAAUGUUUAUCACUCUUCAUAUCUCAUAAUUGUUGUUGCAUAUGUAUGGUAUAGAUGAAUGUUAAAUGACAAUAUAUGGCUUCUCUAUCCCUUCACUGGAGGAUUAAAUAUGGAUUGUAUAUAUUAUUGUAUCUUUAUAUAUGACCUAUUGUCUGUCACUACUAGUCUCUGGACUGUACUUCAGUAGCGUUGUUUAUUAAAAAAAAACAAUCUUGGUAUAGUAUUUUUCCUCUACGACAUUAACGUUUGGUCCUCAGCCAUUGAAGUAAAGUCCACGACACGAAUUGUAUACUUAUAAUCUCGAUAAAAAAUCUCAAUGGAAACUGUAUUAAUGUCUACUGAAUGUUACGUAUAUGUCUAAGUAUUGAUUAAUUAUUAUCUAUUAAGAAGUUAUAGUGACGUCAUCAUUCAGUUUAAUAUUCAGCUCAGUAGUAGUGAUAAUAUUAAGCGUUUCUUGCGUGGGUUUUGACAUUGCUACUUGAUUAUUCUUAUAACAGCUUGAUUAUUCUGGCUUGACGUUUUGUUUUGCUUUAAAUUUUAUUUUUAUCUAUACUAUCUGCUUCCAAACCUAUUGUUUUAUCUAUUUCUAAUACUUUGGCUUCUAUGUUUCUCAAAGUUGGUUUCAUUCCACAUGUGUGUAGCAAUGUUGAAACUUAUCUGUUGUACAUAAAACUGUGUUGUCAGAAAUGUUUUCCUCAGGCUGAUUGGUUAUUUUUUGAUAUAAAUGAUAAAGAAUGUUAAACAUAAAUGUUUGAAUCCGUUCCUAAAUAAAAUCAUGAAUGAUGAACAAAAUUUAAGCCGCGACAUAUCACUUAUGGGUGAAAAGUCAAUUAAACGAUAUCCCUUUUAAAAACGUCUAUCACAUCUUAUAACCUGGCAACACAAACAUUUUCUUCCUGUUUAGUUUUGUAAUAAUUUACUCAAUUAGAUUAGGUGUUAUAUUUCCGAAGGAGGAAUACCUUGUUAAAAAUAAAAUGUGUAGCGUUACAAUAAAUUAGAAAACGUUAACGCAUUAUGAACGUAAAUGUUUAAAGAACUUGAUAAAGUGAUAUUAAUGUUGGCCUACAGUUUGUUGAAAUUAUGAAUCUCUACAUUUAAUUAUAUGACGUAGAAUGAAAAUUAAAACAGAUGAAGAGCAGGGAAGGAUAUAAAAGAAAAUGCUGGAAGAAAACACGAUAAUGGUAAUUAAUGUUUGUGAUUAUUGAAGAAGAAAAUGUGCGAUAACCUGUAAAUCUUUUCAGGUCACAACUUCAAAAUGUAGAGAUUCAUAUCAUAAACUAACUCUAAUGUUGCUUCUUUAAAUCCUCAAAUUUCCAAACACUUCAUUAUUUCUCGUAGCUUCAGGAUAAAAAUGUUAUUUGUAGCAAUAAUUUAUAGUGUGAUCAACUUCGGCCAGCCACUUGCCACUGUAAGAUAUCUGUUUGGUGUCCACUUAAAAUAUACUCGUAUAUAAUAAAAGUAUAAUAUAGUUCUGAAAAAAUAUGUGUCUUUAAACGGAAAAUAACUAUUCGUAGAAGUAGAAAGUAAAUUUGUGAUGUAUUGGAUUGCGAAGUCAUCGGUGUAAUGGAUGUGGGAUUGUUCGAGGAUGGUUUUCUAACUUACGGUAGUUACCACGUUAAUCAUCAUCAUAAACAUAUUUAAUGUGUCUACUUCUAUAAUAUAUUUUGGCUAAGCUGUGUGUCAUGAAUUGUCUAAUGUAUCCCAAUUAAAAUUAUUACUAACAAAUUAACAGACUUCAAACAAUUUUGUCUUCUUCAAGUAAUAGUCGUCGAUAUAGCACAAUGCAUAAUGAAAUAGGUGGGUAGAAUUGCUACAAAGAAAAAUCUAUUUGAUUCUGAAUACAUUUACUAAAGCUGGCAAGACUAUAUCU